AUGAGCUACGUCGCCAAGGACAAGGAUGUUGACGCCACUGCGGCUCCCGUGAAGCUCCACAAGAUCCGCAUCACUCUCACGUCGCGCAACGUGAAGAGCCUGGAGAAGAUGAGCAGCGAUCUCAUCAACCGCUCCAAGGACAAGAAGCUCCACGUCAAGGGCCCCGUCCGUCUUCCCACCAAGGUGCUCGCGCACACCACCCGCAAGUCGCCUUGCGGUGAGGGUUCGAAGACCUGGGACCACUACGAGCUGCGCAUCCACAAGCGCCUGAUCGACCUGCACAGCCCUAGCGAGGUUGUCAAGCAGAUCACCUCGACUGCGCUUGAGCCUGGUGUUGAGGUGGAGAUUACCAUUCUCUCCAACUAA